AUGCAGACGCUUAACAAUAACGAUGCUCUUUCUACGAUGGUAUCUCAUUACAAAUAUGCAACAAUGCGGUAUUCAUCGAAUAUAUUAGACAAAAACUGCAGAUUUUCUCAUUAUAACCGUUUUAGAAGAGCUUGGGAAUAUAUCAUGUUCUUCCUAUCGUUAAUGUGCUUUGCAGAGAUUACGUUCGUUUACUUUAUUUAUCCACAGCUUAAAUUCGUUUAUUAUAUUCCAUUUUUUAUACCAGACAUUCUAUUUGCGGCAGAUCAUUUCAUCAUCAGAAGAACACUCUGUAUCUCAGGAGGCGAAAUUGUUGAUGACACAGAGAAAAUCAAGAAAGCUUACGGAAAUUUUUUAUUAAUUAUACACUUAAUAUCAAUAUUUCCACUUUCAUGGAUAGGAAUCAUCAUCAAAUAUAGACACGUAUAUCUAAUUCUCUCAUUAAACAAGAUGUUACGCAUCACAAGAGCUUAUACAACCUUUAUGAACAUAAACAACCUAUUACCAUAUAUGGGAAGUUUUGCUACUAUCAUUCCGGCAUUUAUGAUUCUGCUGUUCGUUACUCACAUUUUUGCAGUUAUUAUGAUUAUAAUUUCAAAUGCCGAGAGCAAGCCAGAAUCAUGGACAACGCCAUACAAAGAUCGCGGUUUUACACCUAUUAUGUUAUAUAUCACCGCUAUUUACUUUGUUCUCACGACAGUUUCAACAGUCGGAUACGGAGAUAUCACUCCAGAAACGAAUGUCGAGGUUAUAACCAUUAUAUUUGUACAGAUUAUUGGUGUUAUCAUGCAUACAGCCAUUAUUGCCCGUAUGAUUUCCGUUUUUGUGAACACAUUGGAGCAAUCUUUCAUUACACAGUACAAAGUUGCCCAAGAUUUCAUGAAAUUCAAGAAAAUCGACAACGAGCGAAGGAAAGAAGUUCGAAAUUUCUGUCAAUACUACUGGGAAACGACAGGAGCAACAGGAGGAGUUCGAAAUCUCCUCAGAAACAUUCCAAAAGCACUCAGAACAACCAUCAAACUAGAGAUGACAAGACCAUUCUUCGAUGCUACGGUCAGUUUCAACGCUUUGAGUCCCGGCCAACUAGCAAAAGUGGCACAUGUCAUUAAACAUAUCACUUUUUCACCGGGAAGUUAUUUGUGCAAACAAGGGGAGAAAUGCAACUUCAUGUUGUUUGUCGGCCGUGGCAUUAUCUCCAUAAUUGUUGACGAUGUCGCAAUAGCGAGCGAGAGCUGUACGCAAUCAACAGUUCAUGGAGAGAAUCAGAUGCUUUUAGGAACAAAUUGUGCGACAUCAAUAAGAGCUUUGACAUAUGUUGAUGCAUGGGUUUUGUAUCAGGAAGAUCUCUCGAAUUUGAUGAGACACCAUGGAUACAUUAGGAACUUGAUGAUGCAGAGCAUUGCUUCUGCUUAUCCUGUUAUGUUUGAUGACAUUGCAAACCACAUGUUGGGAGACAUCGCACCGAAAUUGUUGUUGAAGUUUAGGAAACAAAAUGGAGAAGUUUUCCAAAACAGAAUUCCAACAAUGAGACUUUCUGAAUCAAGGCCAAGAAUGGACAUGAUCAUUCAGAACUUGUCUGGCGGUGAAACUGAUGCGGGAAUGGACAGUGGUUUGAGGAAAUUGGAUGAGAAAGAGGAUGAGGAAGAAUCAUCAACUUCUUCAUCUUCUUCGUACGGAAACUCUAAAGUUAGACCAUUUUUGUAA